AUGAGCUGGACGCAACAAGAUUCCGAUGUCUACAAGAUGCUGCAUGGGAACGAGGAGGUCAGAACUACCCCAAGACAGUCCAGCAGCUUCAAAUUACUGGCGGAGGCUCUGGAGAACAACCCUGACGGUAUUUCCACGGCUUUCCCCAGCAGACUGUCACCCAGUGCACAGAAACCAGUAAGCAGCAGCAUGAUGCAGAAACCCAUCGUCGUCAACUCGGUGCCUUCCCCCGUGAGGUUGUGCGAGAAGUGCAACAAAGGCAUCAGUGAUAUGGCUGUGAGGAUCUCAGAGGGACAGUACCGUCACCCAGCCUGCUACGUGUGUGAAGAUUGUGGCCUCAACCUACGCAUGAGGGGACACUUCUGGGCAGGCAGCAACCUGGUGUGCGAGAAACACGCCCGAGCCAGGCACAACACACACAGCGCAAACCAGCGCACAUGA